CCCUAUUGCAACCACAUCUCGCACGUACAGUCAUGCUGUCCCCUCUUCUUCAGAGUCUGGUCUAGUCGGACCUGGCUCAAUCCUCGGCUCUUCCAUCCUGGAGAGUUCCUAUAUGGGCUCCUCCGCAUAUCCGGAACACGGAGGCGACGCUAGUACUGAUGCGUCCAGUCCCAUCACAAAACCAACUCGUGCCAAGAAAGCCGAGAAAGUAAUGUUACAAUAUAUCAACUCUAAGUACCCAAAGUGGGCAAGCGCUCUUGGCAACCUUCGGUCCAUGAUACAAGUCGCCAUGUGCCAUGGAGAUACUGACAAUCUUUUUCUACUCAUCAUGGCAGAAUAUGCUUCUGAGCGAAAGGCACUGAUAGAGUCUAUCUGGCCCCAAGCUCUCAUUUGUUGUAAUCUGCAGCCGACAGACUUGGAACCGGUACUCGCUAUACCAACCAAAAAUAUCAUGUCUGAAGCGGAAAUCUUGGCUCUUGGCGAUCCUUGGUUUAGCCUUUGGAUGUAUGACAACAAGCGUCACGCGCAUGAUUCAAUGAUGAUCAAUUGUACUGGCUUUGACCUCAAGUAUAUCUUUGGGGUUGCCCUGCAUGAUAAGGCCAUUUCCCUCACACUGAAGCUGAUGCGCCUGCGGGCAAAUUGUUUACCACUCGCUGAGAAUGGUUUGGUGUGGUUCCUCGAGAACCAGAUCACACAAGAGUUGGUCUAUCAUAUGAUCUUCCGGAAUAACAAUAUACCAGGCCAUCGUGUCUCUCUUGCUGAUCUGGAUCCCGUGUCCUUUAGGAACGCAGCACACCCACCCAUAUGUUACGAGGUCCUGUUGGACUACAUUGACAGUGAGGCCGAAGACUCUCAUAAGCUCAUACCUCCGAAUGAGAUGUUUCUGCAGAUAUGCGAGAUACUUCCUGUACUAUUCAAUCAAUCUGAUGACCCCGACCAUGUGUCGUUCGUCAUUGCUAUGAAAGUGUUAUGUACUCUCAAGAAGGGCAAUGUCCAACGGGUAAAACGGACCAGGCAAAAGGCAAAAAAAGCAAGUGUGGUUACCUAA